UGCUUGCAAAGAUGACAAGCGCUGGCCCCCAUUCCGAAUGUGCGUGUCUAUUGACGGAAUAAACGACUUCCAUGGUCCUUCGCAGAGCCUUCUUUUCAUCUGCUCGUACGAGUCAGCCAAUCAAUUGCUUGAUCCUGCCGGCAAGUCAGGUCAAUUAAGCAGACCGGUAAAUCAAUUUAUCGAUCAGCCAUCUCGCUACUGCCGCAAAUCCUUUGCACUCCAUCAAUCAUGACAGAUGGAGUCGCCAUGUCCAAGGGCAAGGCUGUGGGCAGGGACAUGGACAUGGACAUGGACAUGGACAUGGACAAGGUCAAGGUCAAGGUCAAGGUCAAGGUCAUGGUUGCUACGUGGGAGAAUGGGGGCCAUGCUCUUCUCUCCCCGUCUCACUCACAGACGCAUCCCGAUAGCCCCAAGGGACCCCUGAUGCAGAUAAUCUGUACUCUUCACCAUUGCAACAGCUCGGCAGUACUCCGUCUACUACAGGUGCUUGUACGACGCUUGCGAGUCUGGAAUAUGUACCCUACUAGCACAUACACCUCCGUGCACAGACGGCGUCCUCCCAAGGCCAUGUCAUGUUGCCCAUGGCGAGCAAGCCCAAGUGCCUCAUCUCAUGCAUCUUUGCAUGAUAGCAACACCCUCCUUCGACGGGCCCCUUUCAAUCUUCACUUGCUCUCCACCAUAGAAAGGCACCAUCCCGUGGCAUGUAACCAUCACUAACGGAACUCGUCGUCGAGGCAGGCUACUAGCUGCGGAAGUAGUAGCAAUCAUUCAGCUGCAUGUGUUCAUCACCGUUUCUCACGCCCCCAACGUAUACACAUUCAGGCUUGCACCCUGUACAGUAAGGCGACUCUAUCAUUAACUCGCGCAACACUCCCCUGUUCCGUCGCUUUUCUUUUACCCCUCCUCCCUUCCCUACACCCAACUCCCUUCUCUCCGUAGUGCGAUUUCCGAGGUGAGUUGAUGAGUCGACUGGGCAAGGGGAACAAGAGAAACUACUAAUACGGUGUUCCUGUCCCUGGUUACUCAAAAGAACAGCCACGUGAUGGCGACAAAACGGAUCGCUACAGCGCCGUUGUGAUUCG